CCAUUACAGCAUUUGUUUACUUUCAUUUGCAAUGGCUCCUUCAAUUUCUAAUUUCUCUUCUGUCUUCCUUGUUCUUCUUGCACUGUAUCUCGGCCUCAUUCACCAGGUUAUGAGUCUGAGUACUGCUAUUAAUAUCACUAUUAGUCCCCCUAACUACUGCGCGCCCAUUAAUGCCACCGAUGUCGAUCGCGUUCAGUUUGCCUUGAACUUAGAAUUCUGUCAAGCUGAGUAUUUUCUAUACGGCGCUCUUGGCAAAGGCCUCGACAGCAUCAGUCCGGAUUUGGCCCAAGGUGGUCCGCCUCCCAUUGGUGCUCGGAAGGCCUUGCUUCUCAAUCCUGAUGUCGCUCGUAUCAGUGAAGAGAUUGCUUAUCAACAAGUUGGUAACAUCAGGUCUAUUGUUCAGACUGUGGGAGGAUUUCCAAGGCCUCUACUAAAUCUCGGCCUCAUAAAUUGGGGAUUAUUUUUUGACCUAGCACUGGGGAAACCCCUUAUCCCUUCAUUUAAUCCAUACGCAAACUCCCUCAAUUUUCUGUUAGGGGCCUAUGCCAUGCCUGAUCUCGCACAACUAUCCUAUGUUAGCGCCAUUCCAAGCCUCACCACAAAUUCUUCUUCAUUAUCUUUGGCUUCAAAGCUUUUGCCAAUCAAGGCUGGACAGAGUGCAGUGAUACGUACAUUGUUGUACCCGAAUGCAACUCAAAUGGUGCCUCCAUAUAAUAUCACGGUGGGUGAAUUCACCAAGGCCAUUUCCCAGCUCACUAACACCCUUGGCAAGUGUGGCAUCAAAAGCGAAGGCAUCUUACUAGCUGACACAACCCUCGGGGCAGAGAACCGGACGACCAGUAACGUUUUGUCCGCCGAUGCCAAUUCACUAUCGUACGCAAGAACAGAGCCUGAGAUCUUGAGGAUUGUGUAUGGAACCGGCAAUGAGCGCCUGCCCUUCGGAUUUUUUCCCAAAGGUGCCAACGGCAAAAUUGCAAGGAGCUUUCUGCUGAUCUAGAUAGCAUCUCUGCUAGCUAAUAACAAUAAUUAUGGGUGAUAUAUAUAUAAUAAUUGCUAAAUAAGUUAUGCGAGAAGAACUUGCGUAUAUGCAUUUGAUCAUGUAUCGAUCAUAUAUAACAAUAUAAUUAAUAGAAGUGUU